UGGAAAAUAUGGGGAUAGGAGCAGAUGAGAAGAAGCCGUUGCUAGUACAACUCGACGGGCAAUAUUAUGACAUUGCUGAUUUUGCGCCUAAACAUCCGGGAGGUGCCAAGGUUCUGAAUCGUUUGGCUGGAGAAGAAAUUGGAGAAUUUAUCAGAGGAGAAAAAAGGAUAAUGGGUGUACGUCAUGAGCACUCGGAAGCCGCUUAUAAUAUGCUCGAGAGAUAUAAUGUGAAUGCAAUUCAAAAAGGUGAUCCAUUGAUUGAGUCUAAAUCCGGAAUGCUUUUCAAAGUUGGAUCUCUUGGCUCUGAAUAUUGGCAUUGGAUUCAUCAACCAUAUGAUGGAACUUUAAGACUUUUCGAUUCGGAUGUGUUGGAAAGCAUGACAAGAACAGCUUGGUGGGUGGUCCCUGCUGUUUGGAUGCCGAUCGUCAUUACUUUUUCUAUCCUCUCAGUGCUCUCAUUUUCAACAUCCACCGAUGUUUAUAACUCGAUUCUCCUGUGGUCUGCCUGGUUCGUCAUUGGAGUUUUGACAUGGACUCUCACUGAAUACAGUCUUCAUCGAUGGGUUUUCCAUUGGAAGCCGUCUCCAGAUUCGCCGAAUCAGAUUCUUCUUCAUUUCUUGGCUCAUGGACUUCACCAUAAAACACCGAUGGACGGAGACCGCCUUGUGUUCCCUCCGGUUCCAGCUACUUUGAUUGUUGGAAUUUUCUAUUUAAUCUACUCCAAUACCUUCCAAUGGCCAGUGUUUUGCGCGUUUGGCGCUGGAAAGUUAUUUGGAUAUGUAACCUACGAUAUGGUACACUAUUAUUUACAUCACGGAAGUCCUCGUCCACGCAGCAAUUUACAUUUUAGAAAAGUAUAUCAUCAUAAUCACCACUUCAAAAACUUUGACGUCGGCUUCGGAAUUUCGACUUCUCUUUGGGAUUAUGUUUUCCACACACUCGGAAUGGGCCCAUUAUAAUAAUACAUAGAUGUUUUUUCGGAAAAUUUGUUGUUUAUUGAGUGAACUCUGCCUCACGUUUUUUAUCUCUAAGUCUCUUGUCCCGAUUCACUUUUCUCACGAUCCACUAUACCCGUUGUACAUAUAUAUUUAUCGAUUUACCUUUUCUUUUCUCGUACGCCAGAUUAGUUCAACUUGUUUUCACAUUUUAUCUAUAUAGAUCAGCUACUCAGCACGUGCCUAUUAUCCUCACUUCUUACCGGUUUCCAUCAAACAUUUUGUGAUAUUCCUUCUUGUUUUGUUUUCUUUCUGUUAUGCGUGAAAUUUGGAAUAAUUUUUAAAAAUAUCUAAUGAAAUCACCC